ACCCGCCGCUCUCGCCGCUGCUGGUCGGUGCACUUUGACGCCCUUUCCCACCACCACGAUCCACCCCAGCAUACCUCGAAUUCAACCUUUACCGUGAUUUUUUGCUUCCGUUUUCCCUCCUUUUGCCAUGGCUCCACGACGACACAAUAUCGGUGCUAGUCGCCGCCGAAGGAGAGACGAAGAGGGCGAAGAUGAGGGCUCACUAGAUGGAGAACUGGAGGACGACUCCCUAAGCGAAGGAUCUAUUAUCAGUCAUCCCGAUGAGGAGGAUGCCGAUGGCGAGGGCAGCGAUGAGAGUGAUGAUGAGGCGUCUGUGACCCGGGAUGCAGGCAAUACUCUCCCUCCCCAGCUCAACGGCCGUAUGCCUGCCGGAAGCCAGAAGCUCGGGCGCCGCCAUUCUACCUCGCCCGGGAAACGCCACACGGGAACGGUCAUGUCAGAUACUGAAGCGAUGAUGAACGGAAUGAGACUGUCGGACAAGACAGCUGGGGUGGCCGAAAUCCACUUUGACGAUUUGAAGGGAGAGCUUGGCCAGCAAACUGGGAGGACUCCGUCGGCGCCUCCGGCAGAGCCAAAACAAGACAGCCUGAUGGACAGGAGGCGUCGUGAUAAUGAGAAGUAUACAAAGGAAAAAGAGGAGAACCCAGCAUUCGUUCCCACCCGAGGAAGCUUCUUCCUUCACGACAAACGUUCGACCGAUACUGCAGCCAACGGUCACAAAUCAUUUGCUAAGUCCAAGUCGAGACCAUACGGUCUCAUCGUGGACGGCAAUGUGCGCAAGAACCAGGUCAAAUCAGAUGCCAGUGAAAACAAGUGGACGCACGAUCUGCAUGAUACUGUUGCUGGAGAUGAUGCACCCGCCUCGAAAGUGCCUGCGGCGCCUGCGACUCUCCCAACUUAUCCCCCAAAGCCAGUUCCUACAGCUCCUCGAUCGUCCCCGCCCAAUAGAUCAUUCUCGAGUACUACAAUGAUAGGGAACGUGCCUGUCGUGGUCUACCUACCGGGCAUGGCUCAACCCAUCUCAUACCCUAAUGUUUCAAAGAAGCAACACACCCGUUUACCACAGCACCGUCCUCCUCUGCGCCGCGAUAAACCCGUCCGAAUCUCGCUUCCCGGGCAGCCUGCGCGUUAUAUCUUCCCCGCGACAGAGCGAUCCUUCAUCUUCAUCCCGCGGGCGCUCCGGCCCAAUCAACAGGCCUUCCGUGGGCGUCGAAGCGGAUUCUUUCCAGGACGACGGCCUAGUAUCUAUGCAGGUUCCACAUACACUCCAAGCGUUAGCAUCAGUAGGAGGUCGUCCUUCGGCAAGGCGCCCUCGCAAGAAGGAUACCACUCGCCGGCAGCCUCGGUUCUCUCCAGGCAGACGAUCGUGGCCACAGACAACGGUAAGCCCGUUGUCCGUUUACCUCCACCUCCAAGACCACCAGCCGGACUACCACCCCCGCCACCCGGCCCUCCUACAGCAGUUCCUCCUCUACAAUCACAGCCUCAACCUCCAGUGUUCCGGGAGAGCCGUCCAGCGCCCAUACCGAUGCACCAACCUCGUCCCCAGAAGGCCGUCUCUGUUGCCGACAUUGAGACGCCAGCAAGCUUUCCAUACAAUCCUCCUCAACCACAGCAGGAGCAGCCAUUCCAUCAUCAGGUCCCGAUGCCUGGAAAUGGGCCCGUCUAUGGCUCAGAUGCGCCCGGCUAUGCUGCUUCGGCUCACUCGUCGGUGACACCCUUAUCCCAUAUACCCGAGCGUGCAAUCCAUGCCCAACCCUUCCAGCCAUAUGGUUUCCAACAGCCACAAGCAUUCUAUCCCAAUUCUUACCCACCUGGCGCCGUUUACUAUUCUGUUACCGGGACCGAAUUUCCCCCGUACAAUGCCGCAGUAGGGCCCGGCACCUCUGUACCUCCCUUCCCUCCGGGGCAACAGGUGCCGUAUAUGGUGCCCGGUGCGCACACGUCGGGCGAGCAACCGGCUCAACCGGGCACGGUCGCACACGAAGCAGGUGGUACGGUGUAUUUCUACGAUGCUAACCAAAUGUAUCCAAACUCCACCUAUGGAAUGCCGAAUGCGCCCGGGGCCGGCGGUGUCAUGGGCAUGGGCGGCAUGAUGACGCCCCCUGGUACAACGUACUACUACCCCCAAUCUCAAGGCAGUGUUUACUACGGCUCUCAAUGAAUCGAGGCUUGUGGGUGAUGCCCGGCCUCAAGGAAUGUCUUCUCUCUGCCUUUAUGUUCGGUUUCAAAAAAUUCAAUUUCUUUCUGUGUUUAUUUUUUGAUGCUAUGUUUACUUUUCCCCCUUCCGCCUUGGUCUACGCCUUAUCUUUUCCCUUUAGUCCGCCUUUGUUUCAGUUUCAUACUCAUUAUUGUUGUCCUUCAAUCAUCCGCCUUUGCUUCGUGUUCACCUUGAUCAUUGACUUUUUCUUUUCUUUUUU